AAAGCUGCCGCCUCAAGAGAGCCCAGAGAAGUCGCAUUCGUUGCCGCCAAACCUGCUGUUGCCCAUCAUGGAGGGCAUGUUCUACAAUGUCAAGUUCGGCUACCUGGAGGGCAUCGUCCGAGGAUACAGGAACGCCCUCCUUACCAGCCAAAACUAUAACAACCUUACCCAAUGCGAGACCAUCGAUGAUGUGAAGCUACAACUAGGUCCAGCCUAUGGCGACUUUCUAAGCUCCUUGCCUCCUAACCCUUCGACCUCUGCUCUAGCAGACAAGACGACGGAGAAGCUAGUGGCUGAAUUCCGCUACAUCCAGGCCAAUGCCACGGGCUCGCUGUCGAAGUUUAUGGAGUACCUUACAUAUGGCUACAUGAUCGACAACGUGGCUCUUCUCAUCACAGGCACCCUGCACGAGCGAGACACGCGCGAGCUGUUGGAGCGAUGCCAUCCUCUUGGCUGGUUCGAGACGAUGCCGGCGCUGUGCGUGGCCACCAACAUCGAGGAGCUCUACAACUCGGUCCUUAUCGAGACGCCUUUGGCACCUUAUUUCAAAGGUAGCCUGAGCCACCAGGACCUGGACGAGCUCAACAUCGAGAUCAUUCGCAACACACUGUACAAAAACUACCUCGAAGACUUCUACGCAUAUGUGAACACGGAUCCAGAGCUAGCGGGUACACCGACUGCGGAGAUUAUGAGUGAGGUGCUGGAUUUUGAGGCGGACAGAAGGAGCAUCAACAUAACUCUCAACUCCUUUGGCACGGAACUGUCCAAGCAAGAUCGCAGGAAGCUGUACCCCAACAUCGGAAAGCUGCAUCCGGAAGGUACCCUUAUGUUGUCGAGGGCAGACGAUAUCGAGGGGGUCCGGAUAGCGGUCGAUCUUGUUCAGGACUACAAAACAUUCUUCGACCAGACCGGCCUAUCGCAAAGCUCUGGUGGUGGGCCUGUGGGAAACAUGGCUGGUGGCACGGCGCAGGAGAACAAGAGUCUGGAGGAUCUCUUCUACCAAAAAGAGAUGGAGAUGGCGAAAAUGGCGUUCACGAGACAGUUCACACAUGCCAUUGUGUAUGCUUGGGUUAAGCUAAGGGAGCAGGAAAUACGGAACAUCACUUGGAUCGCCGAAUGCAUUGCGCAGAAUCAGAAGGACCGGAUAAACAACUACAUCAGCGUGUUCUGAUGGAGAAAUCAUAAUCUAUGUACUGUAUGCUGCUCCGUGAAGGUUUGGGACGAGCUUGGCGUUGGAAAAAGGGCAAUGAUAGAUGUAUGCACAAAUCACAGCGAAUCUUUUACGACUUUAGUGUGGAGAAGAACACAGCAUCGAGUCAGACGAAUCAUUUCCUUUGUUAGCGUCCUGGUUCGACAAAGACGAUGGCGAUCCCAUGACCCCAACGGCUUGGAACAAAACUGGAACCUCAAG